AUGGGCAAAUCCCGCUCGACAGCCCUUCUAAUCGCGUAUUUGCUCUCGCAGAACCCCCAACUUAAUCCUCAAUCCGCCCUUGACCUCAUACGGCAAUCCCGAGACUUCGCAGAACCAAAUUCCGGCUUCAUGGAACAGCUCUCUCUCUACCACAACAUGGGAUGUCCUGCCACCCAAGAAGCGCUCGACAACCACCCUCUUUACCAGCGCUGGCUGUACCAGAGGACUGUGGAAGCAAGUGUGGCCGCUGGCGUUGCACCUGAAGUCAGCGAGCUCCGUUUUGGUGAUGAGGGAAACGCAAUGCCGAUGAAUUUGGCCGCUGAAGAAGGCCCUGCCAACCUAAAAUCGAGUGGAUAUCCUUCAGAGCCAACAACAUCGUAUCGCUGCAGGCGCUGCCGUACUCCGCUCGCCACAUCCGUCUAUCUUGUCCCCCAUAACCCCAAACGACCGGCUACCUCUCAACCGUGCGCCCAUCUUCAUCUCACUCCCCUCUCAUGGAUGCGGCCGGAGCUCGAGCAAGGGAAGCUGGAAGGGAGACUGGAGUGUCCGAAUCAGAAAUGCGGACAGAGUGUGGGGAGGUAUGCGUGGCAGGGGAUGAAGUGUAGUUGUGGGGAGUGGGUGGUGCCGGGGAUGACGCUGGGGAGAGGGAGGAUCGAUGAGGUUAGGGAGAGGCCUAGGGCUGGAAUAGGAGGAGGGAAGAUUUAG